AUGUCCUCCUCCCGUCCGAGGGUACGCGAAUGGCAGACGUGGCGGGGCGGGGCGACGUCGCGCGCGGAAUUCCGAUCGGAUAAGAAAGGUACGGUUCGUUCUGUACGCGAGAGUGGGAAGAAGCAGGCCGUUCCGACGAAGGCACAUCGUUUGGAUAAAGAGGUGGAGGACGAGCCGGAGGUGCAGUGGCGGACGAGUAUGGACACGGCUGGUAGGACGAAGGGGGAAGCGCUCGUGCUGGAUGAUAGCGGCGGCGGCGACGGUGAAAUGACAGGAGUCCUCGGAAGAGGAGAGACUUCAGUAGCUAAAGGGGGGAUUCGAGACGCUACGCCGCGAGCCUCAGUGGCGAAGUGCGAGCGGUGUAUAUGCAUGUAUCGCUUUAAGCUCUAG